AUGGCACUUUACCUCCUCGAUUAUGGCGCUGGCAACGUGCAGAGCCUAGCGAAUUCGCUGCGCAAACUGGGGCAUGAGUUUACUUGGAUAAAGGCGCCAUCGGAUUUUGACAAGGCCACUAGUCUCAUCUUCCCUGGCGUCGGUGCAUUUGGAUCCGCCAUUCAAGGACUCAAAGAUAGAGGACUUCUGGAGCCCCUUCGAGAGUAUAUCAAGUCCGGUCGACCGUAUUUUGGAAUAUGCAUUGGCUUGCAAGUACUGUUCGAAUCAUCUGCAGAGUCCCCUGAAUCGCAAGGACUUGCCAUCAUACCUGCUGCGAUCGAAAGGUUCGACGACUUGGACAAAUCAGUCCCCCAUAUUGGCUGGAACUCUGCGGACUUCUUGGAUCGUGACACAAGUCCUGACGAAGGGAUACAGGAAUCAUCUUUUUACUACUUCGUGCACUCUUUCUGCGCAAAGUAUGAUCCAAAACGCAACCCGAUCUCAGCAGAAUGGGCGCAUACGACAACGCAGUAUGGCCAAGAAUUGUUUAUCGCGAGCGUGCUCAAAGACAACGUAUUCGGCACACAAUUUCAUCCAGAGAAAUCCGGGGAAGCGGGACUCCAGCUCAUCGACUCUUGGCUGAGGCAACCAGAGGCCGUGCGAUCUCGAUUACCAGCAUCUGCUCCACUUGCGCGACUACCGAGGCCUAGAGACAAUUUAACGAAACGCGUCAUUGCGUGUAUGGACGUUCGGGCCAAUGAUCAAGGGGAUCUUGUCGUCACCAAGGGUGACCAGUACGAUGUACGAGAGAAAGUCGUUGAUUCCUCGUCUGCUUUGGCUACCCAGGCUGCUGGUGCGGUCCGAAACUUGGGAAAGCCGGUAUCGUUGGCGUCACAAUAUUACGACCAAGGCGCAGAUGAAAUAUGCCUCCUCAAUAUUACCUCCUUCCGUCACUCGCCUCUCCAGGAUCAGCCUAUGCUCGCGGUGGUGCGAGCCGCCGCUGAGCGCGUCUUCGUCCCCCUCACGAUCGGAGGGGGCAUCAAAGAUACCAUCGACCCGGACGGAAGGAAGAGAAGCGCGUUGGAAGUCGCGGGUGAAUACUUUCGUGCUGGCGCGGACAAAGUCAGCAUUGGCUCCGAGGCAGUUUACGCAAGCGAGGAGUACAUAAAAAACAACAGGAAGGGCAGUGGAACGAGUGCCAUAGAGACUAUUGCGCAUGCCUAUGGUCGACAAGCGGUCCUCGUGUCUAUUGACCCCAGAAGGGUUUAUGUGGACCCAUCAUUUUAUGACGGCCCUUUCAAGGAUGAGUUGGUAUUCGGAGCCCCGGAUGGACCAGACGACGAGCGGAACAAGGCGUGGUGGUAUCAAUGUACGGUUUCAGGCGGGCGCGAAAGUCGAAACCUCUCCGUCGUUCAGUUUGCCAAGGCCUCUGAGGAGCUAGGAGCAGGCGAACUACUCAUCAACAGCAUAGAUCGCGACGGCACUGGACGCGGUUUUGAUUUAGACUUGAUCCGGCUUGUAAAGUCUAAUGUUCGGAUUCCUGUCAUCGCUAGCAGCGGAGCUGGGAAGGCCAGGCACUUCGUCGACGUCUUCCAAGCUACGGGGGCAGAAGCAGCACUCGCCGCUGGCAUCUUCCAUCGCGGUGAAGUGGGAAUUGGAGAGGUGAAGGACUGCUUGAAGGAACAUGCUAUCAGUGCUCGGACUUGA